GCACCUGUCGUCCCAGCAUCCUUUGCGCGUCCAACAUGGAGGAACUGGAGGUGGAGGUCCGUGGCUCCAACGGAGCUUAUUACAAGGGCUUAGUCAAAGAUAUUCACAAUGAUUCACUCACCAUUGCCUUUGAGAACAAUUGGCAACCAGAACGCCAAGUGCCCUUCACUGAUGUCAGGAUGCCACCUCCUGCUGAUGCCCCAAAAGAGAUUAAGGAGGGUGAGGAGGUGGAGAUCCUCUCCAGGGCCAAUGACCAAGAGCCUUGUGGUUGGUGGCUGGCUAAAGUCUGCAUGAUGAAAGGAGAUUUCUAUGUGAUUGAGUAUGCAGCCUGUGAUGCAACCUACAAUGAGAUUGUGACCUUUGAGCGCCUACGCCCAGUCAACACUAACAAGGCAAUAAUGGAGAAUUACUUUCACAAGUGCAGUAUCCCCAUUCCUCAAGAUCUACAAGAGGCGUGCCAGAGUGAUAAUGCCCAUAAAGAAUUUAAAAAAGCUGUGGAAGCCUGUCAAGUGUCAUACUGUCCUGAGACCAGUGAGCUCAUCAUUGUGUCCACCAAUGAGUCAACAGUGAAGCGUGUGUCUUUGCUGAGUGACAUGCACCUCCGCAGCCUCAGAACUAAGCUUCUGCUAAUGUCUCGCAACCAGGAAGCCACCAAACACCUUGAGAACUCCAGACACUUGGUGUCAUCCUUCCAGGAGGAAUUUACGGUGAGACCAGAUUUGAUGGGACUGGCCAUUGGUAGCCAUGGCAGUAACAUUCAGCAAGCACGGAAAGUUCCAGGCGUCACCGCUAUUGAUUUGGAUGAAGAGACUGCGACCUUUAGAAUUUAUGGAGAGACAGCGGAAGCAGUGAAAAAGGCAAGGAACUUUCUCGAAUUUCUGGAGGAUUCUGUCCAAGUACCAAGAAACCUUGUUGGUAAAGUCAUUGGUAAGAAUGGAAAAGUAAUUCAGGAGCUUGUGGACAAGUCUGGAGUGGUGAGGGUCAAGAUAGAAGGAGACAAAGACAACAAGCAACCUCGGCAAGAAGUGUUGUUGACACAGGGAAUGGUCCCCUUUACCUUUGUCGGUACGAGGGAGAGUAUUGGAAAUGUUCAGGUUUUGUUGGAGUACCACAUCUCUUAUCUCAAUGAGGUUGAACAGCUUCGUCUUGAACGGAUGCAGAUUGAUGAACAGUUGCGCCAGCUCACUCAGGGCCAUCGAACAGCAGACAGGGAAAAAGGGGAACGGGCGGAGCGAGGAGGAAGGGGAAAUAACACGGAUGGCAGUGCCAAUGCUUCAUCUUCAACGCCACAUGUCGGUCGUUCCUACAACAAUCGGGGCCGUGGACGCAGGGGCCACAACUACAGCACAGGAUACGGCACCAACUCUGAGCAGUCCAACGCCUCUGAGACUGACUCUGAGCGUCGAGAUGAGCUCAGUGACUGGUCUUUGGCUGGGGAGGAUCAGAAUAGGGAAAGGGAAAGAGGCCCACGUCCACAAAGAGAUAGUCGCAGGCGGCCAGGACCUGGCAGAGGACGAGGGGGACGAGGAAGAGGAGGAUACAGUAACAGCUCAGCAGUGCCCCGGGAUGACAACGGUGCCUUUGUUGUCUCGGAGACCAACACAGAGACAGACCAGACGGCCGACACCGAUGCCAGCGAAUCUAACGUGCUUGCCAACCGCCGGCGAAGAUCUCGACGACGUAGAACAGAUGAGGACACCACAAUGAUGGAUGGAUUGAGCGAGUCUGACAACGCUUCAAUGAGUGAAAAUGGAAUCGAUGACUCUGAGGCGCAACCUCAACGCCGUAACCGUAGUAGACGACGUCGUAUUCGCUUGCCUGAAGAGAGGCAGCCAGUGACAGUGGCUGACUUCAUGUCCCGAGCUGACUCUCAGAGCAGACUGAUCACGACCACGGACCCUAAGAAAAACACGGAUGAGGUUCAGGCGGACGCCACAGCAGAGCACAGCCCAGACGUUGUCUCUACAACCACCAACGGAUCCAACAGUGCUGCAGAAAAUGGCAACAUUGCCCCAGACGUCUCCACCGAGGGCUCCAACAACGUCGACCCUGACCUCCAAUCUGCUGUAAACGGUCUCGCUUUGUCAGACCCGAGCUAAAGAAUAUAGUUAAAAAUAUUUCUCUUUUGGAAUCUCAGUCACGUGAGUAAGUCUCAGAUGUUAAGAUUGCAGCAAGAACUGUUUUUUUUUUUUUACAUUAGGGAAAUUUGAAACCUGUUUCACUGUGCACAUUUUAGUGGUCUGUACUUGCACCACCUCUUUACACACUCCUGUCCGACUAUCCAUGCAGUUAGUCUAUUUCUUCUAGCAGCUCUUCCUGUACAAGCUUGCCAAAGAUAGUCUAACACACAGACUAUGGAAAUGUUCAUUUUCAGUCCAAGGAAUGAGUGUGAACGCAGUAUUUCAAAUAGUCAGGGAUUCCACUCAAGCCCAUACUGUGGUAUUGACGCUCUUCUUUUUUGUAAAGGUUUCUUUUUCUGUUUUUUUUUUAAAAGUCUGACGUUACCAACGGGACAUGAAGACGCUUCCAAAACAUGUUCUGAAUAUUGUGCAUCUGAAGUACUUCACUGUUUGUCUGCAUGGGCAGUACCACAGUGCAGCUAGGUUUAUCGGAAGCCCCCCUGUAUGCUUGACAUUGACGUGAUCAGCUGUUGUGCCUUGAGGAUAGUUUCAAACCUGAUGCGCACAAUAUCUGAAAGCUUUUCGCUUGGUUUCAGUCGUUGAUGCUCGCUCGCCACAGUCGGACCAGAUGGCUCGUUUUUAAACGCUCGCGAACGCAACCACUGAAAAGAGCUGUAAAAUACUUUCAGAUGCAUAUCUUUUAAAAGUCAGGUGUGACUGUUCUAAAUGUUUGUUAUCCUUUAUAUACUAAUAAGUUUGACGUAGCUGCUUUCUCUUUUUCUAUAUGCAACCACUUUGUUCACCAGGAAAUGUUGUUAACGCGUGUCUGGGAAAGAAAAAUUUGGAGGGUUGUUUCCUUUGCACUGAAAUGUAUUUUUCUGUCGAGGCAAAUGUGUUCAGAACCCGCCUUGUUCCCGUUUAGGUUCUGAACAGAGGUGUAGCGAACAAGUACGGCGUCAUGAUUUUAGUUUGGCUGGAAACUGGUGACGACUUUUCCACAAAGGAAGGUUUAUUUAUUUUAUGUACAGUAUUUAAAAAAAAGACAAAACUAAACAAAAGGCAACGUUUAACUUGACACUAAAAGCAACAUCAUGAGAGGCUUUGGCACAAAUGACAAAUUUGGACUACUAAAAGUUGCGCCAGCUCAAGUUUUUCCUGUUGGCUCGACAACAGUCUUUGUUUUUUUUCUAAAUGAUCAUUCUGUUUGGUUGAUGUGCAAUAUGUUUUGUAUGCAGGUAGUUCUUAAAUAAAUAGGAUCUUCCGUGUAGAUCUAAAA